AUGGGUUCUGUAAGCAAGUUGGAAGCCUUGAAAAGGCUCCAAAGAGCGCGCCAGGACAAAAGCUCAUCGAAAGAGCUAUACGAAGAUGAGCACAUUGCAGAAGAUGAUAAGGUGUAUGAUCUGAUAGAUGAGAAUGAAUUUCGCAAUCGCAAACGUCAGGAAAUGCUUCGUGACGAUUUUGUUGUAGAUGACGAUGGUGUAGGAUACGUCGACAGAGGUGUUGAUGAGUGGGACGAUCGAUACCGGGAUAGUGCAUAUUCUUCCGGUGAAGAAGAUGAUCUAGAUGACCGACACCGUUCAUUCAGACGCGGCACAGGUGUAUCCAAGAAUGGGAGAAAACACGGCAAUGGGAUCGGCAAAGAAACCAUCGAUGACAUGAUAUCACUCCAAAACUCGAAAAGUGCCAAAAGGACAGCGGCUCCAGCCAAAACUGUCAAGAAAUUUAGCGCUGAUGAUUUCGACGAUAUUUUGCAGGAUUUUGACGAUAAGCCCUUACAUACUGUAAUGCCACUUCCUAAACGAACGUCGAACGACACUCUGUCAGCCACUCCUUUGGUGAAAAGAAUAGCUCCCGAACCUUUGAAAUCGGCCCCAACGGUAAAAAGAGUAAAGAUUGAUGGCGAGGGGGCUGACAACCUGAAUGGCCUGUCUCCAUUACAGGUGAUGAACGUAAGGCCCGACCUAGCAGACGAUGCAGCACUCCAAGCGAUGAUCGCUGAGGUCCAGAACUCGCCUACCAUUGUGAAAAAUAGAAGUAUGGCUACUUCAAGCAUUGAUCAAAAUAUGUCCCGCAAUAGUGACCAAAAGGAAGACGAGCUCAAUAAACGCGUCGAAGAGGAUGAUAGCGAUGACGACGAAAUUAUGAUAAAUAGAAGAACUAUUAAAACUGCAGCAGCGGCAAAGCGAGUGAACUUCAACACGAGCUCCAAUUCACCAUCUUCCCCAUUCGUUACCGCCCCGGGCACACCGACUACAAGCCAAACCUCCAUAGAAUCACGACCAUCUUCUGCUCUAUCUUUUGGCCAAAAAUUCAGCCGUGAAGCCAUCGUGGACUCUGGCACAAAUGCCUUCAAGUUCUUCUGGCUUGAUUACACUGAGGUAGAUAAUUCCCUUUUACUAUUUGGUAAAGCCUGGACAAAACAAAAAAAGUUGGUUUCAGCAAUGGUACAGAUCAAAAACCUCAGUAGGGAGCUUUUCUUUCUCCCAAGAGACGGCAAGACGGCCACAGAAGUACACGAAGAGAUAGUACCGCUGCUACUUGAAAAAUAUGGUCUAGACACUAUUCGCGCCAAGCCUGAGACAAAAAAGUAUGCUUUCGAGCUACCGGGAGUCCCUCACGAGUCAGAAUACUUGAAGGUUCUUCUGCCAUACAAUACUCCCAAGAGCAAGAACGUAGUGAUACCCAGUGAUUUAGAGGGUGAAACUUUCCACCAUGUUUUUGGUGGAAAUGGCCACAUUUUUGAGAAUUUUGUGGUUCAGAGAAAAGUGAUGGGACCAUGCUGGUUGGAAAUCAAAGACGGUGACUUUUCGGCGCUGUCGAAUUCCUCCCAUUGCUCGGUCGAAGUGCAAGUCUCUAAGCCAAUCCAUGUAACUCCAUUGGUAGAGAAGCAGGUACCCGAUCUGAACUGUCUCGCACUCUCAGUCCAAACGGUAAUGAAUCCUAAAGAAAAUAAACAAGAGCUUGUGAGUAUCACAUUAGCGCACUUUGAGAAUCUUGCUCAAGAUCUGCCGAUUCCCGAAGAUCUGGCACCAAAUGACACGAUAACCUUGAUCCGGCCUCCGACAGGAUCUAGUUUCCCCACUGGGCUUAUGCACCUUGGAAACAAGGCCAUGCAAGGCCAACUGCGAUUACUUAACAACGAGAAAGCUUUGUUGAGUUGCUUCUGUGCAAUGAUGAAGUCUUCGGACCCGGAUGUGAUUAUAGGACACCGUUUAGAAAACACGGCUCUCGAUAUUAUUGCCCAUAGAUGUUUUGAACUGAAAAUCCCAAUGUUUAGUUGCUUAGGACGCCGAGCACGAAAAGUUUGGCCGGACAAAUUUGGAAGAAAUCCAAGUAUGAAUCAAUUUUACAUUCGUGAUCUAUUUGCCGGCCGCUUGUUAUGUGACAUUUCCAAUGAAAUGGGACAAUCACUUACACCCAAAUGUCAAAGUUGGGAUUUGCCGGAGAUGUACCAAGUCACUUGUCAAAAGGAACACAGGGCGCUGGAAGUUAAUUAUCAAAACCUACAGUAUCAAAACGAUGUCAAUUCCAUGAUAUUAGCCCUUCAAGAGAAUGUCACGAACGCGCUUAUUUCUGCAGAAGUGGCCUUUAGAAUUCAGAUAUUGUCUCUUACCAAGCAAUUGACAACCUUAGCGGGGAAUGCGUGGUCCCAGACUUUGGGGGGCACAAGAGCGGGAAGGAAUGAAUAUAUUCUGCUGCAUGAAUUUUCUAAGAACAACUACAUCGUUCCCGACAAAGAGACAAGACAAGCUAGGAACCAGCGGCAGCAAAGAAUUAGAGAAGAAGCCGGUGAUGAUGGGGGAGAAGAUAUGCAGGUAAGCUCCAAGAAAGCUAAAUACCAAGGUGGGCUAGUGUUCGAGCCGGAGAAAGGUCUUCAUAAAAACUACGUGCUCGUGAUGGACUUUAAUUCCUUGUACCCGUCCAUCAUCCAGGAGUUUAACAUAUGUUUUACUACAGUAGAAAGAGAUCCUAAUAACAUCGAACAGCUGCCCAACGUGCCAGAUUCAAGUAGAAAGCAAGGUGUGUUACCCAGGCUCUUGGCUAACUUAGUUGAGAGGCGUCGAGAGGUUAAAAAGUUGUUAAAGUCCGAAACGGAUCCUCACAAAAGAGUGCAAUGUGAUAUUAGACAACAAGCGUUGAAAUUGACAGCUAACUCGAUGUAUGGUUGUCUGGGUUACGUGAAUAGUAGAUUCUACGCCAAACCACUUGCCAUGCUGGUAACCAACAAAGGUAGGGAAAUCCUGAUGAAUACCAGGCAGCUAGCCGAGAGCCUUGCUCUUUCUGUAAUCUAUGGUGACACGGAUUCUGUCAUGAUCGACACAGGCUCUGAUAACUAUAGCGAAGCUAUAAAAAUCGGGGAAAACUUCAAAAGACUAGUGAACGAACGCUAUCGUCUAUUGGAGAUUGACAUUGAUAACGUAUUCCGAAAACUACUGCUACACGCCAAGAAAAAAUACGCGGCCCUAACGGUUGUGUUUGAUCAAAAAGGUGUUGAAGGAACUGCUUUAGAGGUUAAGGGCCUGGACAUGAAACGUCGUGAGUUUUGCCCACUAUCAAAAGAAGUGUCCAUCCAUGUUUUAAAAACUAUUCUUUCUGACAAAGAUCCUGAGACUGCUCUGUUAGAUGUUUACGAAUAUCUUGAAGGUAUCAAAGAGCAGGUUGAAUCAAAUACAAUCCGCGUUGACAAGUAUAAAAUAAACACUAGGCUUUCCAAGGAUCCCAAGGCAUACCCUGGAGGCAAGAAUAUGCCUGCCGUCCAAGUGGCGCUUCGAAUGCGUGAGGCAGGUCGCGUAGUCAAAGCAGGUAGCGUUAUUACAUUUGUCAUUACGAAACAAGAUGGUUUAGAUGACAGUGAAACCCCUCUUUCACCGGCAGAAAGAGCCAGGGUUCUGAACGAAGUUAUGGUCAAGGACAAUAAUCUGCGACCCGACCCCCAGUACUACCUGGAGAAGCAGAUUUUCUCACCGGUCGAGAGACUCUUGGAACGUAUUGAGAGUUUCGACAUUGUUCGGUUGAGCCAAUCGCUCGGGCUGGAUAGCAGGAAAUAUAUUAAUCGUGCUGGUGCCAACGGGGAAUUGAAUGGCAGUAGCGGAGAUAGCUUGCAACCUUUAGAGAGUGCAAUAUCGGAUGAAGAACGCUUUAAAGACGUAGCUCCGCUGAACGUGAACUGCCCUAGCUGCAACCAGCAGUUUCCAUUUGGAGGCAUUGUUGCGUCUAAACGGUAUCAAAUAUGCUACAACGGACUUCAAUGUUCGCAAUGUCAUCAUCAGUUUUCGCCUCUCCAAUUGAGUUGUCAGCUCGAAAGAGCACUUCGCUCGCAUAUUUCGAUGUACUACGCAGGCUAUCUGAAAUGCGACGACGGCACCUGUGGUAUCAUCACUAGACAGAUUUCGGUGUUUGGGAAAAGGUGCUUAGGCGAAGACUGCAUGGGUGUGAUGAGCUAUCGGUACACCGAUAAGCAGCUCUACAAUCAACUGCUAUAUUUCGAAUCGCUUUUCGACGUUGAUAAAAACAAAAAGGGACUUGUAAAGCCGCUUUAUCGAUCGGAACACCCAGAUGCCCCGGAUGCCGCACUCCCGGCCUCUCAAAUAAUGGCAUUGGGGGAGCAGAAUCGUGAGCUUUUCCAAACCAUGGAGUCGGUUGUCCAUAAGUACCUAAAGAACUGUGCUCGUCGCUACGUUGAUAUGGGUACAAUAUUCGAUUUCAUGAUUGCAGAUUGA